GGGAGAGGCGGGGAACAGGGAGAGAGGGGAGACGCGUGGCCAGAGAGGAGGCCAGCGUGUGCCUGCCUGUUUUGGAAGUGUUUCCCUGCCUGUUGAGUGCCUGUCGUGCCCUGGGAGGCUUGUGGUGCCCCUGUAAACUUCUAAAGCAGUGUACUUGCAGAGGAUUUGUCGAUAAACCUAGGAAAUAGUGCCCGUGUUUUCCCUUGUGCCCCGGCCUCGUGUGUGUGUGUGUGUGUGUGUGUUGUCCCGGCGUUUAUAGUGUGACUUAUUUGAGGCCCCGCUGCUCUAGUUUCUUGACCUGUGCCCGUGUGGAUAACACGCCCGCCCCGAGUGAGGGGUGGGCACAACAGUAUUAUUAGAAACAUGAACCGUCUAACAGCCGCGAAAAAAAAAUUAAAUUUUUCGUAUGGAGAAGCAAAAAUCACAGGAAUUUGGCUUUCUAAACUAACCUAAUUCACUCACCCUUCUCUCUCUCUCUCUCUCUCUCUCUCUCUCUCUCUCUCUCUCUCUCUCUCUCUCUCUCUCUCUCUCUCUCUCUCUCUCUCUCUCUCUCUGUCAAAUGUGCAGGUAUGGCAAUCCAUGGAAGUAAUGUUUGGCAGAGCAAAGGACUGACUUGUGUUCCUUGUUGAUAACAAACAAACAUGAGCAGGCAGGGUGUAGUAAUGUUUUGAUGCUACACUGAUGCAUUGACAAAUAAUAAUCAUAAAUGGUUUAUUAAUAAUCCAGUUAGGACUAAAUUUAUAUUGUACUGAAUAAAAAAUAAAAUGUGAUAAAUAUACGCUUAAAAUUAGGAUCUUAUUAACUAAGGUGGUAUUACAGGAGGAGGAGAAAGUUUUGUAUUGCUGUACAGGAGGAGGAAGAGAUUUUGUGUUGCUGGCAAGAGGAAGAGAUUUUGUGUUGCUGGGAAGGGGAAGAAGAAAUUUUGGGCAGUGAUGGAGAAUGUGGGUCCCUCCUGGCUGGGUCCUGCACCCUGGUGGUAUGAGUUGCCAGUGCUGCAUCUCUGCUUCAGUACUGCCAUGCCAGGGUCGUGCGCUGGUGCUGCUGGAAGUUAUUAGGGUUUUGAGGAGUUAUCUUGCUGUCCAGCCAGCCACUCCCGUACGUUAAGAGCUCAUGGUUCAUGGUGACUGAUCUCUGGGUAGGACUGAGGCUCAUGUGCCACACACCGUUACAGCCAGGCCACAACCCUCAUCUCUCAUCCCGUAUCUACAAUACUUGCUGCUGGCAUUCAAGAGCAAGGGAGUGAGGAGAAAAGCUUAGUCCAGUCUGCUGUCUGUGCAUCAAGCCUGAGCUGGUCUGCUCCCACGAUGCAGCGUGUGGCAGUGUUAGCAGACACGGCUCUUGUCUGCACCUCAUCCUCUUAAAGAUAUGAGGUGGUAUGAGCACUGGGACAAGAUGAAGAGCGUACGCAGCAAGUUUGUGGAUGUUUUGCGGCUGCACGUGCGGGGUGGAGCGGGGGGCAUGUGUCUGCCGCGCCUCGGGGGAGUGGGAGGCGCAAGGGGUGACGUGUAUGUGGAGGGGAAGGAAGGCCACAGUCUGCUGAAGCUGUGCAAGGCUCAGCCAGACCAGUGGUGGGUUGGGGCAGCUGGCAUGGACAGUUACAAGUAUCGCAUCUGUGGGGAGGCUGGCGCUGAGCUGAUCAUUCCUGUCCCUACAGGCACCACCGUCUGGCUUGAGCAGCACCAGAAAUUGCUGGGUGAGAUAAACUGUGCAGGAGACAAGGUGUUGGUGGCUUGAGGUGGGCAGAGCAGCAACCCCAGCAACCAGUACAAUGGGCAGAAGGGACAGCCGACCCUGGGUGUGGUGAAGUACAGUGACAUGCGGCGGCUGACCAUCGCUGAUCUGCAGGGACUCAUCGAGGGUGCCUACUCCAACAUGGGGAUGGGGCACCGCUUCCUGUGCCACGUGGAGUGGACACACUUCCUCCUCUUUGUGGUAGACAUCAACAGCUUCCGGCUGUCACCCAAACACCCAUACUGUUCACCCACCGAGAAUGUCAUGCUGGUCAACAGGGAGUUGGAGCUGUAUUCACCUGACCUGCUGAGUAAGCCAGCACUCCUUGUGGUGAAUAAGAUGGACUCCCCCAAUGCUGAGUCUUGCCUGCAGGAACUCCUUCACAACUUUAAGAGGAUGGAGGAUGAGUACAUGGGAACAUAAGAAUACAAGGGAAGCUGCAAGAAUCUGUCAACCCACAAUUGGCAUUUCCUGUUAGAAAUGCCUUCUGAUUUCUACCUAUCAUCCUCAUACCUAAAUUUAUUUGGUCUUCUUUUAAAAGCUCCAUAUUGACAGGACAUUAACAGCCAUAAGAAAAUAGGGGAAGCUGCAGGCAGCCAUCAGUCCUUAACAUGACAAUCCCUGUAUGAAACAUGCCUGCCUAUUUCCACCCAUCUCCCCCAUCCACAAGUUUGUUUAGUUUUCUUUUAAAGCUUCCUAACGACUCAGCACUAACAACCAGAUUACUGAGUCUAUUCUAUUCAUCAACCACUAUAUUUGAAAACUUUUUCCUUUGUAUCUCAUUUAAAGCUAGCUUUAUCAAGCUUGAACCCGCUAUUUCUUGUCCUAUCCUGAUCACUGAACCUAAGGAUUUUGCUCAUGUCAUCCUUGUUAUAUCCCCUAAGUAAAGACCUGAGGGAGGAAGAGAGUAGAGACAUCUUUUAUCAUUAUCUUUUCAUCUCGUUUACUCCUUCAUUCCUGUUGGUUUAAUAUUCUGUGUUUGAAGCACCAAGCCAACUGAUUAUGUGGGACUGAGAUUGUUAUAGUUAUUUUAUACUAUAUUAGGUGAAUACCCUCUCCAUUAGGGGCUGAUAGGACUAAGAGUGUGAAUGAUGUGUGUAUGAGUGGAUGGUGCUUUGUCUGGGCCACCCUGUGUGGGAUUGCCAACCUGGUAUAUGGACAGAUGGACAGAUAGAUACAUGGGUCAAUAAUUUGGAGCUUGGAUAUGAAGAAAAUGUAAAACUAGUGGAGACGUUUCAAAGGACACAGGAAAAAAAGCUGCAGUGUUUUAGCCAUGUGAAGAGAAGGAAAGAGUCAUAUGUCAGGAGAAGUGUGAUGGAGAUAGAGGUGCAAGGCAGGAGAGCAAGAGGAAAACUAAACCUUAUAUGGAUAGACUGUGUAAGGGAGGACUUGAGACAGAAACAAUUGUCAAAGGAAAAUAUAUAUGACUAUGCUUGGAGGAGAGCUGGCAAGAACAAUGACUCUAUAGAGACUAGGGAAAAGAUAUCAAGAAGAAGAAAUUAUGGAGGUGUAAGAAUUAAUAAGGGAAUUAUCGAGGUGUUUGGGCUGUGGGAGGCUGUGGAAGACAGUGCCUGAAAGUCACCAAAUUCAGGGUAAACCUUCCACCAUGGUCCAGGAAGUCAUCAGCCAGUAGAGAUGAGUCCAGAGCCUGACAUACCACCACCUAGUAGGAGGGAAUGUAUUUAUAAAUUUCUUGAAUAGAGUAUAGUUGUCUUACAGGGUUAAAUGUCUUGUAGGGAUUUAAAUCCUGCUAUAUUUACAGUCAGUGCAGGCUGAGGUGAUCUGGAAGUCACACCCUGAGCCUCUUUCCCUUCUAAUGUGGCUGCUGACUGGUGCUCUCAUAAUGUUCUUGACACUUCCUCAAAUAUAUUUAAGAUAUUUUCUAUCACCAUAUUAAUUAAACUUUCCCCAAACAGUUUUUUUUUUUUUUUUCAUAUCAACAGGAAAACGGAGUAUUAAACCUUCUGGAAACAAAAAUGUGUCAGCAAUAAUUCAAGUCAAGGAUAACAUUGAAAAUGAAACAUAAUAUUGAAAAUGAAAACUGGAAUCAUGACGCCUCUAGUGGUUGAGUCGUCCCAGUAGUAGUGCAGUGACUCUCCUUCACUAGGAAUUACUAAAGACUAGUGUUUCUUAUUGUUACUGAAAAAGGACAGAAUAUAUUUUCUAUCUUAGUUUAAGUAAAUUAAAUAGAUGAAAGAAUUUUUGCCUUUGUCUUUUCACGAAAUAAGCCUCACUGGCUUUUGAAGUGAGAGUAAUGAGCUCAUUAUAUUUAGUGAAGCAUUCUCCAAAGUAAAGUCCUCUCUUUUGUAAAGAAUUUCCUGUAUGUAUGGAAUGAUAUCACAGCCUGUGUAACACAUUCAUUACCUGGUCAACCUACUGUGGGAGGGAACAUUGCUACCAUUCCAGUAUUUUGUAAAGCGUGUUCAUGUUCAUCUUUGAUUCCUGCUCUUACAUGUGAAUCUUUCCUGUAAAUUGAAAAUGUUUUUAAUGCCUUUCUGCACUAAGUGACGUUUCACAUGAAGACAUUUUGAUGCAUGCAUUCUGUUCAUAAGAGGGUCUCAAGUGACAGUCAUAGUAAUAAUCACUGGACUGAUGACUGACGUCUGGGAAUGUCAAAAUGGUGACUAAGGAUGUCAGACUAUUGACUGGAGACUGGUGACUAAGAAUUUCAGAGUAGACUGGUGACUUAGGAUGUCAUUUAGGAUAGUGAGUAAUGAUGAGGAUCUUGAUUGAUGAGUGGUGACUGAGGAGUGUGACUGGUGACUGGUGAUUGAAGGUGUGUCAUGGGUGACUUUAUGUAUUUGACUGGUAAAAUAGAAUGUCUCUUAGGAUAAUGAGUACUGACCAUGAUUUUUGACUGGUGAGUGGUGGUGUUCCUGGGUGGUGCUAACAAGUGCUGUUCCUCACAGACUAUGUGUUGUGUUGCUCCUGUGGUGCCAAACUCACAGAGAACUCAUGGGAUAACUUUGUAAACAUCUCCAUUCCACUGUCUGAGGCAUCCCAGCUGGUGACCAUCCUGGGACACCCCCACCUCAUGGUUCAGACCCUCAGGAACCCUGCUGACCUUGCUUUUGACUUGGUGACUGUCAGGAGUGGGCUGCUCAGGAGUGGGAGAGGAUAUUUGAACCAGAAACCAAAGCCAGCACAACACACUUCAAAGCUUCCUUGGAGGGUUUCUAUGGACUCAUUCUAGAGAAACUGGUCACUGAGAAAUUUUCAGACUCCUCAUUGGCCUUCCCAAGCACCAGCAGUUUUAGCACAAUGGCACAAGACGGGUAGGACAUGGUGCCUCUCGACCUCGAGCUUCUGGCUGAGCUGGAGGAGGAAGCAACCUCUCACUAUACUGAGGAGGAUAACCAGUUUACAGAGCACUGCAAGAAGAGCCUGCCUAAGCCGCCAAUACUCCCUGCUGACAGAUUUGACCGCAACAGACAGUGCAGAGGCAACUUUAGGCAUCAAGACUACAGGAAGGAAGGAGGCUGCAGGGAUCAAGGGGAGUACAGAGGUCAUGGGAAUUAUAGGGAUCGUGGGAAUUACAGGGAUCACAGGAGGGAAUAUUCUGACCACAGGCAAGGGAGGUUUGUCAGUGACCACAGAGAUCAUGAUGACAGCAGAAGGGAUAGCAAGAAGAGGAAGUACAGGUCUGAGAAGGAGAGUGAUGAGUAUGGAAGAAGGAAUUACCAGUCCAGCAAAUACUACAAUGGGUGGGGGGGGGGGUGUCAUCCUGUUGAGUUUUGUGAAUCCAGUGGCUGGUAUAUUUAUCUUUCAUCAGGGACUUCACACAAGUUUCCACGCCAUUAAUUCUUUGAGCAGUAACCAAAAGUUACUGACAUUUAAUUUACAUUUAAAUGCCUGCCUGCCUGUCUGUUCAUAUCUUUCUCUCACAACGUACUCACCAUUCACUUGUGAACAUUUAGAUUUUUAGGAAAUAUUUUUGAGCAAGUUCCUUCAUCACAAGGCAACCAUCUACUAAAAAGAAAGAAAAAUGGAAUAUAUGUUGGGAUUUCCUUGAUUGCUUUUGGUGUUAGUGACUUUCCAGAGUGACAAUACAAGUGUUAUCCUCACUACAAGUCAUGCACUAUAUAUAACAUCACUGAGUAUCUUUUCUCUCAUUUUCAUAUAAAUGUUUGUAACAUUUUCAUAUAAAUGUAUGCUAACUUUUAUGUGGACUUACUGUAAGAUUUUUUAAAAGUAAAGUAUUUUUCCAAUUUACGAUUAUAUACUAAAAACCUCCAAGAAAAGUAUUUUUCCAAUUCACGAUUAUAUACUAAACCUUCACCUCCAAGAUAAGACGUGAUGGUUCAUAACGUGCACAGGAAUGGCAUCCAACAAAGUAAUGUUGCCAAAGCCUCCAGUAAUCCAGAACCUUAAAAAAGUUGCAACCCUCACUUUAGUCUGAAAUUUUUAUACUGUAUGUCUGCAUAAUUAUCAAGUUACAUCCCCAUGCAGCCUCAGCACACCAAGGCAAGGAGAUACCGUGAAGGAUUAGACCAAACAUUAACACAGGUAAAUCUUUAAACUUACACUAAAUCUUAAGAUGGCAAGGCAACAACUACUUUGUUGGAUACUGUUGUAAUAUGUAGUUUUUAUUCUCACCCAAACUUUCUGGCAUAAAUUAAGGAUGAAUGAUGAAUAAGGCUGCCACAAUUUGUAAAGAAAAUACUGACUGAUGUUAAUAAUAUGGAUUUAAGAAGUAAAUGUAAAAUAAACCUCUGCAUGAAUAACAAGACUUUUCUGUAGAAUGUGUUGGUUAGUGUGGUGAUGACUGCUGCUGCUGCUGCUGCUACCGCUGCAGGUCAAGUGGCUUCUUGGGACUGUGCGUCACAGUACUCCUUGAUUUCUGAAAUAAACAUUGAAUCAUUA